AUGAUAGACCGUUUUCAUGGAGAUGAAGUAAUCUACCAUAGCUUUGACAUUGCAGAGGACGACCCAUAUGGCUACUACGCUCAGGAGUUUCUUAAUGGAUUGACUCCUAAUGGUCUUCCUCCGCAUGCACUCAAGCUAAAGUUGAACUGCCCUGUCAUACUUCUAAGGAACAUUGAUCCAGCUAAUGGACUGUGUAACGGCACUAGGCUUGUUGUAAGAGGUUUUGAGAGGAACACCAUUGAUGCAGAAAUCGUGAUUGGUCAACACGCUGGCAGGAGGGUCUUCCUUCCUCGAAUACCUCUCUGCCCAUCUGAAAACGACAUGUUUCCGUUCAAGUUUAAGAGAAAGCAAUUUCCUAUAAGGCUUAGCUUUGCUAUGACCAUUAACAAGGCUCAAGGGCAGACCAUACCGAUAGUUGGUGUCUACCUACCCAAUCCCGUGUUCUCUCAUGGUCAGCUCUAUGUUGCUUUGUCUCGAGCCACCGCGAAGAGAAACAUAAAGAUACUCAUUCAGAAGGAGAAGCCGAAGGAGAAGGCCAACAAGCUAAAGGACAAUCCAAAGAAGCGAAAAAGACCGACUGUGUCCUUACUGACCUCGAUGAAGAACAUCGUCUACAAGGAAGUCCUUACAGGCUGA